UUCGAAAUUCUCAUGGCCGACCCAGUGUUCGACAUUUCUCUUUCGUCCGGUAAAAAAAUUAUCCACAACUAUAACUUCGUGACCGGCCAACAUCAAUCGAUCGACCAAAUGUGAACCAACGAAACCAGCUCCACCGUAACGGUGGCAGUGGCAUUUGAAACAUGGCAGACAUCAUUGACUGUAAUUUUCCUGUGUGGGGCCUACUGCCUAAAAAAGAAACAGGUGUCACUCAAUUUCUCACGAAAUAUCCCGAAUACGAUGGACGAGGCGUCAUUAUUGCUAUUCUCGAUUCCGGUGUCGAUCCUGGAGCACCGGGUAUGCAGGUGACCUCGGAUGGAAAAACAAAAAUAAUUGAAAGAUUUGACUGCAGCGGUGCCGGCGACGUUGACACAAGCAAAAUUGUACAGGCUCCGGAUGGAUAUAUAAAUGGUAUUACUGGUCGUAAAUUAAAGGUCCCUACAAAUUGGAAUAAUCCAAGUGGUGAAUAUCAUAUUGGGAUAAAAAAUGUAUUUACAUUAUAUCCUGGCAAAUUAAAAGACAGAAUUACAGCGGAAAGAAAAAAAAAAUUUUGGGACGAUGGACAAAAAGCUGCACUUGCAGAAGCUAGUAGAGCGUUACAAGAAUUUGAGGCCAAGAAUCCACAAUUAUCCACCUUAGAAGAAAAAUUACAAAAAGAGGAAUUAGAAGCUAGAGUAGAAGUACUCAUUAAUGCAGAAAAAAAAUAUUCAGAUUCUGGACCUACGUAUGAUGUUGUUGUUUUUCAUGACGGUGAAAUGUGGAGAGCGUGCAUUGAUACUUCUGAACAAGGUGAUUUAGAAUCUGGUGUUUAUCUUGGAGAAUAUUCUUUGACGAAAGAAUAUGCUCCUCUAACUCAAGAAGAUCAGUUAAAUGUUAGCAUUAAUGUUCAUGAUGAAGGAAAUACACUUGAAAUAGUUAGUCUUUGUUCAAGUCAUGGAACGCAUGUAGCUUCAAUAGCAGCAGCUUAUUUUCCUGAAAACCCGGAAUUAAAUGGUGUAGCACCUGGUGCUCAAAUAAUUUCACUAACAGUAGGAGAUGGACGAAUAGGCACUAUGGAAACAGGAACAGCAAUAGUAAGGGCAAUGAUAAACAUCAUGCAGCGUAGAAAAGAAAAAAUUCAUCUUAUAAAUAUGAGUUAUGGUGAACAUGCUCAUUGGUCUAAUGCAGGACGAAUAGGAGAAUUAAUGAACGAAGUUAUUGAUAAGUAUGGUAUAACAUGGGUUGCAUCUGCUGGAAAUCUUGGACCAGCGUUAUGUACUAUUGGAACACCACCAGACAUCAAUUCAAACAGUAUUAUUAGUGUUGGUGCUUAUGUUUCACCUGAUAUGAUGGUGGCUGAAUAUUCUCUAAGAGAAAAAAUGCCUGGUAUGCCAUACACAUGGUCUUCUCGUGGUCCAAUGAUAGAUGGUGGUUUUGGUGUUACCGUAUGUGCUCCUGGUGGAGCUAUUACGAGUGUUCCUAAUUUUACAUUAAGAAAAAGUCAACUUAUGAAUGGUACAAGCAUGGCCAGUCCACAUGUUACUGGUGCCAUUGCGGUGCUUAUAUCUGGACUUAUAGCUAAAGGUUGUCCAUAUUCCCCAUAUAGUAUCAAAAGAGCUCUUGAAAAUACUGCUUUAUACAUAUCAACUUUGGAUCCAUUUGCACAAGGUUCAGGCUUAUUGCAAGUUGAACGUGCAUUUGAUAAUCUUGUUGCCUAUUGCGAUGCACCAGAAAGAGAUGUCAGAUUUUCAAUCAGUUGUACCGCACAUAAUUCGAAAGGAAUUCAUAUGAGAAUCGGAGUUAUUGAUCGGCCGAAAGAUUAUCCAGUUACUGUUGAACCAGUAUUCCUUGAUAGUGAAAACACCGAUCCAUCACGUAAAAUUGAUUUUAAUUUAAAAUUGACUUUGGUGUGCGAGGCAUCGUGGGCACGAUUUCCUACGCAUCUUGACCUAAUGCAUAUGCCCCGUGCUUUUUCAAUUAGUAUCGAUGGUUCUAAUUUGCCAGAAGGUGUUCAUGCUACAAGCGUUAGAGCUUAUGAUGUAACCAAUAUUGCAAAAGGGCCAGUGUUCCAAAUUCCUAUCACGGUAGUGCAACCAAUGGUACUGCCAAAAACAGCUCUUCUCCCUGAUCUAAUAUAUACAAAUGUUUUAUUUAAACCAAAUACAAUCAAGCGUCAUUUUAUUCUCGUUCCCGAGGAUGCCACAUGGGCAGUCCUCAAGUUAAGGAGUACAGAAAAGGAUAAGACCAGCAGAUUUGUACUUCAUACUAUUCAAUUAAAACCACGAUUAGCAUGUAAAACACUUGAAGUUAAUAAAAUGAUAGGAGUUACACCACAAACAGAAUGUGUUCAACCAUUUGCUGUUGAGGGUGGUUUGAUUGUGGAAGUUGUUAUUGCAAAAUAUUGGGCAAGUUUAGGGGAUAUGUUAAUAGAUUACUCAAUAGAAUUUCAUGGUAUUCGUAUAAUAAAUGGUAACUUAACAAUGCAAUCGGGCGAUGGUAUAAAUCGCUUAGAAAUACGAAGUUCUUUGAGAAUUGAAGAAGUUGUACCGUGUGUUACUCUUAAAUCAUCUGUACAAAUUUUAAAACCGACAGAUUCAAAAGUUAUUCCUUUACGAAAUCGUGACAUUAUUCCACCAACCAGACAAAUUUAUGAAUUACAAUUAACAUACACAUUCCAUUCAGCAAAAGCAACUGAAGUUACGCCAAAUGCUGCACUACUUAGUAAUUUGCUGUAUGAGAGUGAAUAUGAGAGUCAAAUGUGGAUGAUAUAUGAUAACAACAAACAACUUGUUGCCUGUGGUGAUGCAUAUCCAUCUAAGUACACUAUUCAAAAAUUGGAAAAGGGUGACUAUACAUUGAAGAUGCAUGUACGUCACGAAAAGAAAGAGUUAUUAGACAGAUUAACAGAUAUGCCUUUGCUUUUGAGUCAAAAACUUAAUAAUCCAAUAAUACUUGAUAUUUAUGCCAGUCAAUCUCAGGCAAUGAUUGGUGGAAAAAAGAUGGUUGCUGCAUCUGUUCCACCUGGACAUAUUCUUCCCUUAUUUGUUGCACCUAUGUUAAAUGAAAGCAAGAUAUCCAAAGGUGCUACUCUUGGUAGUUAUCUACAAGGUACAAUUACAUUAUGUAAAGAUGAGUUGGAUAGGAAAGUAGAUUACUAUACGUUUAAAUACAUAUUAUCUGAACCUACUAAAAAAUCAAGUAAUGCUACAUCUAAAUCAGAUAAGGAAAAAACUACCAAAUGGGAUGAAUACAAUGAAGCGCUACGAGAUUUAAAAUGCACAUGGCUUGCAAAACUUGAACCAGGUGAAUAUGCAAACUUAUUAUAUGGAGAAUUGAAGAACAUCUUCUCAGAUCACUUGCCUGUACAUACUGCCAUGUUGACAUCAUUGGAUUCUCCUGAAGCACGUCGUCAUGUACCUCAUGAUGAUGUAUCUGAAAAUUCUAUUGCUCUUGCCAAUCAAAUAUUAGCCGUUGCAGAUGUUGUCAUUACAAAUAUUGAUCAGGAUAAACUAUUAGCCUACUAUGGCCUAAAGACUGAUCAACGAUCUGAUGCUGCCAAAAUUAAAGCAACAAUGGAUAAACAAAAGAAUACAUUAGUAGAAGCGUUAGUGAAAAAAGGUUGUGCGUUAGCACGAUUAUACGUCCAUGGUACAAAAAAAGGUGAUGGUAAUGGUUCUCAUGAGCAUUUACUUGAGGGUGUUACAAACAUAUGGCAAGAAGUACAGAAAUUUGCUGAACCAACUGACAAUAAGGUGCUUAUAUUAUCUUUGUGGCACGCACACAUUAAUAAUCAUUAUGGACGAUAUUUGAAAUUAUUGACACGUUUUUAUGAAGAAAAACCAAUAAAAGAAAUAGAUGAAAAGUGUAUAGAAAUUACAAGGACUUUGGGUUGGAAUCAUUGGUCGCAUCAUAUAAUUGCAAUAAGUGAAGCAUGUACAUUGAUAUGUCUUCUUGUGGCACAACGUAUAUCUCAAGGGAACAUGUUAAUUUGCGACGUAGAAAAUUGUCCAGAAUUGACUGUUAUUAUGGCUGAAGCUAUGGUAGAAGGCAAUGCAACACAUGCAUGGAUUAUAAGCCAAAAACUUAUUCCUCAUCCAUAUCUUAACACUGAAGAGGCUUUAAAAUAUGGUGGCAGAGGUCUAACUAUAUUAAAAGAAUGGGUUACUUUAUUUGAUUCACACGGGCAUAGUACUUUAAAACAUCCGAAUCGAGGAUUAGUCGUUGCACAGGUAGAAUCUGUUUCUCCGGAUAUAGAUAUUUAUCGCACUUAUUCAACAUUAGAAGUUUUUGAAGAAUUUACUUCUAUGAAGGCAUCAGAAUUAAAGAUGAGAAUAGAAGAAAUGUUACGUAUUAAGGUAUCAGUAACUAAUGAACUCAGAGAUUUGGGUGCCAAAAGACAUAAACUUCAGGUUGAAUUUACCGGCUUGACUCAAAAAAUAGAGAGCUUGAAGCAAGAAUUAUUACAUCAACAAAGAGAUCUUGAUAGACUGAAGAUUAGCGUAGAACAAGCACAAGUAGCAAAAAGAGAAGCAGUCGAAAGAAAUACACCAGAAUUAGCACCACCUAAAAGAAUAUUAGCAAAUGUUAUUCCUGAAACUUUAGCAAGUACUGAUCCAAGUCCAUGUAGAAUGUACAAUUGUUUUGAUCAUAGUCGAUGUGUAUUGACAAGUGGUUUUCCAGUAUAUUUAUAUGAUCCUGAUCAAUUCUCUGUAGUCAAUACAGGAUGGGACGUGGAUGGUUUUCUAAAAACUACCAUUAAACAGACUUUAGGUUACAAUCCUCAUCUUACAAGAAAUCCUGCAGAAGCAUGCAUUUAUGUGGUUUUAAUUGGAGAAGCAUUGUCAAUACAACAACAAGGUUAUCCAAAAUUCUGGACAGCUUUGGACGUUAAUAAAUUACAAGAUCUUCCAUAUUGGGGAGGGGAUGGUAGAAACCAUAUAUUGUUAAAUCUUGCACGUAGAGAUUUGUCGGUUAAUUCUGGAAGCAUUUCUGUUAAACAAAAUACUAGCAGAGCCAUAAUAGUGCAAUCAACUUUUUAUAGAAAUCAAUUCCGCGAAGGUUUUGAUUUAAUCAUACCUCCAAUUUUGGGCCCACCUGGUGGUGACGUUUGGCAAGAUUGCGCGCAGAUGUUACCUGCAAGAAGAAAAUAUUUAUUAUCAUUUCAAGGAGAGAUGAAAGGUUCUAAGGGUCCUUCUACAUUAUAUCAAAAUAAUGAUACAGAAGUAGACUUGGAAAAAUUAAAUAUGGAUGAAAAUAAUUUAGAUGCUUUUAUUAUGCAACAUUUAAAUGAUAUGAAUAGUGGGACUACUCUAGAUAAAUUUUUCAUCCAAUUUGAAUGUAUACCAGCAUCAGAAGAAAGAAAAACUGUUGAAGUUCUUGAUUGGUCUCUUUGUGGGACUGAUUCUUCAAGAAGAUCUAUAUUAAAGGAAUCUACCUUUGCUUUGAUUUUAGCACCAAGUAAUGCUGCUUUGAUAACUACAUCAUCUAUACAGGCACGAUUAUAUGAAGCUUUAAGAUCUGGAGCAAUACCAGUUAUUCUAGGUGGUGAUCAAAUUUUAUUGAGUUAUAACGAAGUAAUAGCUUGGCGUAAAGCAGCGAUCUUUUUACCCAAAGUUAGAGUAACAGAAAUGCAUUUUUUAUUGCGCGCUGUACCAGACAGCGAUCUUUUAGCGAUGCGCAGACAGGGCAGACUAAUAUGGGAACAUUAUUUAAGCACUGCUCAAGGUGUAGUAGAUUCUAUUAUCGCAACUAUUAGAGAUAGACUUGGUAUACCUCCAUUACCUGCACCACAAGCUGCUAGUCCAAGUGUCUUUAAUGAAAGCUUUGUGCCUUUGAAAGCUGAUACUAUAAUAGCUGAACCUGAAGCAGAAGAAAGUUUGGGUCCUUUAGAACCACCUUAUGCAUCACCUUCUUUUAAAAGAAAUUAUACUACCAUGUUAAUUCAGGGCCAUGAAAUUUGGAAUGAUUGGAUGAAUCCAUUCAAUCUUUAUCCACAAUUACCAUUCGACACAAUUCUACCGAGCGAUGCAAAGUUUCUGGGAUCUGAAAUGGGAUUUAGACCAAUUGGCAAAGGUUCUGGAGGUGCAGGUAAAGAAUUUAGCGAAGCUUUAGGUGGAAAUUAUCCUAGGGAACAAUUUACAAUAGUUAUGCUCACUUACGAACGAGAACAAGUUCUUAUUAAUUCAUUAGCGAGACUUUAUGGGUUGCCAUAUUUGAACAAAGUCCUUGUUGUAUGGAAUAGUCCAAAACCACCUGUAGAAGAUUUAAAAUGGCCGGAUAUUGGAGUUCCUAUACAUGUAAUUAAAGCUUCAAGGAAUAGUUUAAACAAUAGAUUUCUUCCAUUCGAUGCCAUAGAAACUGAAGCUGUAUUGUCUAUAGACGACGACGCUCAUCUCAGACACGACGAGAUUAUGUUUGGUUUUAGGGUGUGGAGAGAACACCGGGAUCGCGUUGUAGGAUUUCCUGGUCGAUUUCAUGCAUGGGAUCCAAAUUUUCAUAAUUCGUGGAAUUAUAAUUCAAAUUAUUCCUGUGAAUUGUCAAUGGUUUUAACUGGUGCUGCUUUUAUACACAAACAUUAUACAUAUUUAUACACAUACUGGUUGCCACAAGCUAUACGAGAUAAAGUCGACGAAUAUAUGAACUGCGAAGACAUAGCCAUGAACUUUUUAAUAUCACAUGUCACUAGAAAACCACCCGUUAAAGUAACAUCCAGAUGGACAUUCAGAUGUCCUGGCUGUCCUGUUUCAUUAUCAGAGGAUGAUACUCAUUUUCAAGAAAGACACAGGUGUAUUAAUUUCUUUUCUCAGGUAUUUGGAUAUAUGCCACUUUUAAAUACGCAAUAUCGUGCAGAUUCGAUAUUAUUUAAAACGAGAAUACCUCACGACAAACAGAAAUGUUUUAAAUUUAUAUAGGCUUUCGAAAAUAUCUAGAUAAAAAUACAAAAGACCCCAUGUGUGUAUAAACAUCCAUAGUUAUAUAUUAUUAUAAAUUAAGUUCAUUAAUGCGUUUGAAUCGUAUUAUUUUACAUACUUUUUUUUUUUUUUUUUUUCUUUAGUAUAUAUGUCGUAUGUGAGAAGAAGGAAAAAGUAAUUUCUUUCGACUGUUUCUUCCUCUUUAAUCGGUAGAACCAUUAUCUAGAGUAUUCUUUUUUAAUAUCUCAUAUAUGGUAAUGUCGAUUGUAUUUGUAAAAAUUUUGAUCAUAUCAAAUUUCGAUUGAUAUUGUUUUUAAACGAAUUUAUUAUUGCCCAUAUUUGGCAGAGAGAUUUUAACAAACAAUUUAAUCAUAAAUUAUUGAACGUUUUAUGAAAUCUUUUUAUCGUGGCAUAUAAUGCAUAUUAUAUAGGCAUUAUAAUAUUUUCUUCUUCUUUUCUUUUUUUUUUUUUAUCAUAAGCGACAUGAUGAUGGUACCUGCAUUUAUUACACACACUGUAAAGGGUGUGUAUUGAUUUUUGACAAAAAUUGCAUCAUUUUUCAUUUAUAUAAAUAUUAAAGUACUGAACACAUUUUUACUUGUAAUUUAAAAUAUGUCACACACACACACACACACACAUAUGUAUGUAUAUAUUUAUAUAUAUAUAUAUAUAUAUACAUAUAUACAUGCAUACAGAGUUGGUAUAAAUAUAUUUCGCGCAAAUAACGCGUGAUCAUCCAUGUAAUCAGAAUACAUUAAGCAAAACCUACCCCAUAAAGUAUGUGUGAUGUGAAGCAGUAAUAAUUUUAAAACGUGACACGCACAUGUACACAUACACACACAUACAUUUUGUAUUUUAUUAUUAUUUAAAAAGUAUACACAGUUGAUAAAGAGAUACCUCUAAAGAAAUGCAAGUGCAAUUAAUUAUAUAUAAUUCUGAGAGACUAUCAAUAUUAUCCAAGCAAGAAUUUUAACGAUUAUAAUCAAAACAAUGUCUUCAAUUAAUACGUUCACAUUUAUUUACAUAUCGAAGAACAUAAUAGGAAUAAAUGAACACCGUAUGCAUUUAUCAUAAGUUAUGUCAUAAAUUUGACAUUAUAUAGAAAACGAUGAAAACGACCAAAAAAAAAAAAAAUCGAUAAAAUUCUAUAUAAUGUGCGUAGGAAGGAACAUUAUAAAUUGAAUAAAUUGUUCUUUGUAAGACUGCAUGUAAAAAUAGAUGUUUAUGGAUAUAAA